AUGUCAUUCAGAAAUUAUUAUGAAACUUCAUCAUACGGCAGAAACCGAGAUAUAGGUAGAAAUACGAGCACUUCUACAGAGAGAGCAGGUACUGUUACAGCAAAGUACACAACAACUCCUUCCUACAAAUCUUCAAGUAUACCCAUAGUAAAUGAUCGAUCUGCUCGAGAAGAAACUCCAAUAUCAGCAAUUGCAAAUCGGUAUGCAAGCUACAGUAAAACAGCUACCGAAAAAUCUUCUCCCAAAUAUGAAAAAAAGGAUUAUUCACUCAAGCUGUCAGUACCUACAAUUAAUACAAAUAAAAGCAGAGAUGUCAGUCCGGUUUCAGCAACAUCAAAAUAUACUCUUAGUAGAACUUCACGUCAUUCUAGUCCUGAUAGAAGACCCAUAAAAAGUUUUAAAGAAAAAAGGCACGGUAGUCCUGUUGAACGUGACAAAGACAUUCCAAAUAAGACUGAUAAGACCUCGAACUAUAGUGGUGUGUCAAAUUACAAGCUCUAUCCCCGUGCAUCCUCUUAUACAAGACCAUCACCCCGUUCGGAAGUAAAGCCAGAAGUUAAUGUAAAUCGUUAUGCAAUUGGAAAUCGUUUAUCUACAUCGAGUUAUCUGAGAAGCCCUACUCCAAUAAAACGUCCUUCUGUGUCGCCUGUUAAUGUGAUUGAUGUGAAUAAAACUGAAAAUCUUAAAGCCCCAAUGUCAAAUGUUCUGGUCGAGGAAGACAGUCAGAAGGAGGUUGUUAAAAAUGAUUGUCUAUUAAAUGGAUCUGAUAUAGUUAUAGAGCCAAAUGAAGAUAUUGAAACUAUUACAGUAAUCACACGGCAUACGUCUCCUACGCCACCAGGUUCGUCUACUUAUGUGAGAAUGAGAAGGGCGGAUAUGGCCAAAACAAUAGAAAAAAUUAUUUCACGUCCAAAGAAAAGACCCACCUUGGUAGAUAAAGAAAUGCAAUCGGAUAGGCUUGAUGAUCCAACUAGAUCGAGUCGAUUUGGCAGCACUAGUAGAACUAGUAUGACAAAUUGGACAUAUUACUCACCUAAUGUUAAUAGCUACACCGGUUACGCGGGAAGAUACUCAACGCAGUAUUCAAAUCUACGAGAAAGUAAUGCUAACUCUAAUGAUAGAAGUAGUCGAAGUAGAAGCAAGGAACCAGUAGAAAACAAAAUAUUAAGCUCGCAAACUGAACAUGAAAGAGUUAAUGACGGACAAACUUCUAAUAAUGCAACAGAAUUUGAGGAAAAGAAUAAUGAAAACAAGAAUGAGGAUACGUCUGAAAUAAUUAUAAACGUUAACCUCACAUUGAAACAGACACGAAGUUCUUCAGCUGUGUCCUCGUCAGAGUUAAUAUCUCCAGAAAUCACAAUAACUAAUAGUCACCAAUUACCUCCCCAACCUCCUAAAUCAGAAAAUAGUAAUAAAAAUAAGAAAAAUAAGGUCCGAAAAUCUAGUACGGACUCUUCUUCCGAUUCAUCGUCUAAAAAGGUUGUUAAAAAAAGAACUAAAUCAACAAGUUCUACAAGUUCAGAUCAAGGUACCGAAAAACUUCAAAAGUCGAAAGUUUCUAAGAAUAUAAACCAUACAAAAUCAUCUAGUGACUUACAGAAAGGUCCGUUAAAAUUAAAAUAUUCGAAAUGUAGGGAGAAUAAUAGUCCAGAAACAAGUGUCACCUUAUCCACUCAAUCAUCAAUUAGUGAAGACGAAAAUACAUCAAAGUCCAACAUAAAAGACAUAAUAAGAAAUUCCAAAGGGGAAAACUCACCAUCACAGACUGACCAAAUAUUAAAACAAAUGACACCAAAUAAAAAUGAAGGCACGGAAGACGCCAAAUCCUUUUUGAUUCGAGCUUUAGCGCCGGUAACGAAUCUUUUUAAAUUGAGACAUCAAGAUAAUUCAGAAUGCGUUCGCAAAGAGAGUUCUGAAGCUGAUUUCAAAGAAUCUCCAAAUAUAAAAAACGAAAAUAGUAAAUCUAAAAAUAAUACCAAAAACAUUAUUGUAUCCAAUGAAGAUGAAUUCGUCACAUUAAAAGGAAUACGACAUGUAGAAUCAGACGAUGAGAAACCAUGGUGGUUAGAUAGCAGUGCUAAUAUUCCAGAGGGAAUUGAAAGAUUGACUCCUCCAAGAAAGUCUUCUAGUGAUAGUGAUAAAAGUGAAAAGUUUUACCAUUUUAAAAUUCGACAAAUAGAUUCCGGGGAAAGAAAAGAUUGGUGGCUGUCUAAUAGCGAUCAAACUAGUACUGGUAAUAAAUCAGAACUACCUAAUGGUAUCAAAUUAAGCAAAUCUGGUUCCGAUCAAAAAAACUUCCCAAUAAAACGAAUUCGACAUGUUGAAUCUGGUGAGAGCCCUUGGUGGUUAUCUAGCGAAAAGAACAUUCCCGAAGGCAUUGAAAAGUUGCCAACGCCACCACCCCAAGAAGAUAGUGAUUCUUCAGAUUCUGACGAAGUUCAAGAAUACAUACCGCCUAGUCAAAUGCCCCCAUUCCCUUUGCACAUUCCCGAUGACGAACCUCUCGGUGCAAGGAGGAGCCCAGAAGGAUUGGAAACUCCAAAAGAAAAUGAGGAUUAUCGACUCUGUAGAAGCUCAAGUCCUUAUGAAAAUAGUAGGAUAUUCCGAAGAGGCUUUUCAAAUUUACCGUACCAGAAAGGCUCCGAGAAAUACAUAUCACGUUAUACGGAUAUUGACGACAUAUUGGGUACUUCGGGCCAGAUUUACAGCCCAUUCAUGGAUUCCAUAUUAGCGCGUAGAACCGGUCAGGUAUCUUUUGACGAUGACGAAUGUCAGGAGAUAGACCCUACCCAAGUGAGAAUCCAUGACAGCACCGCACAGAUGCCCGUUAUCAAGAAACUACGCUGCAGAAGUGAAAUCAUUGAUUACCGAGUUGAAGAUCAGCUGGACGAUGCUACAUUGCAAGUUUUCAAAGACGGUGACUACGGACCGUAUUUGGAUCUUGAUUCCACUCUCGGAGAGCAAGAUGAAGAACUGGAAGGAUUACAAGAGAGCCGCAAAAAUUCCUUGGUGCUACGUACGCAACUCUCUGUCCGAGUACAUGCUAUUAUUGAGAGGCUGCUUCACUCCCAGGGUCGGGAACUCCGCAGGGCAUUGUUCACCCUUAAGCAGAUCCUGCAAUCAGACAAGGAUCUGGUACAUGAAUUCGUCGCUAAUAAAGGCCUUGAUUGCCUUAUGCAAGUUGCCAAUAUGGCAGAUCACAACUACUUGGAUUAUAUAUUGAGGGCUCUUGGACAGAUUCUUCUCUACGUGGAUGGAAUGCAUGGUGUGAUGAAUCACAAGCGCUGCAUUCAAUGGCUGUAUUCACUGAUAUCUAGCAAAUUAAGGCACGUCGUCAAGACAGCCCUCAAACUCCUCUUAGUUUUCGUUGAAUAUACUGAAAAGAACUGCCUUCUCUUCAUUGAGGCAAUCGUGGCCGUUGAUACUUCCAACGCGAGACAACCAUGGUACAACGUGAUGAAAAUUCUUCAGGACUUCGAUGCUUCUGACACCGAGUUGCUCAUUUACGUGACGACUCUAAUCAAUAGAUGUUUGAAUAAUAUCCCCGAUAGAGAUCUGUAUUAUGAUCAAGUUGAUUCCCUGCAGGAUCAGGGAAUCGACGACAUUAUACAGUUAUAUAUGUCUAAGCAAGGCACGGACCUAGAUUUGUUACGUCAGUUACAGAUAUUCGAAGCUGUACUUCUAUACGAAGACGGGGACGAAACGGGUACAGCCCUCAAGCAACUUGAUGAAUCUGUAAUAACAUCUUUACGACAGAGGAGUCAUAAUCUAAGCACAACAACAAGAAGGAAGUCAAAGAAACAGGAGGAGAGGGAAAAAGCAAUCUCACCAGUCAUGAUGGAACCAAAUAUUAUGACGAGUACUCCCAAAAGACCCCAGUACUUGCCAUCCAUACUGGAUACAAAAGAAAAUAAAGAAUUAAGUACAGCCCUCAAAAGAAGAAGGGACAGAUACGCAAGACAAGCCCAUCACAUAAUACAGCAGCAAGAAUUGAUGAAAAGCACAAGCACCAACGGAUACAGUUAUAACGAUUUUGAUACUAGUGAUUACAACUUUAGCAGUAUAAGUCGUAGCAGUUACAGCUCGAAUUCAUUCAUGUCUAGCAAAUACACUAAUAGCUGUAGCACGAUAAAUGGAAGCAGUAAUUCAGUAAAUGAAGAAGAAGAUUUUAAUAAGAAGAAUCUUCCCAGCCUUUUAGUUAAUGGCAACCAAAGAUUUACUAGUGGUUUAAAGCAAAGAAUACAAAAUGGAACGCUAGGUCAUAGUGUGAACACAGCGGACUCUCUCGUUGCAAUGCGGCAGAAACAAAUAGAUGUUAUUCCCGAGCCCAAGGAUGACAGGGAGAUACUGUUAAAUAGAGAACACAGUAUUAAGGAUAUCGCUCAAAGACUCACCAGCCCUUUGAAUUCAACCACGGACGAGAAACCUAUCAGAGUGUCUGAUAUGGCUGGGAUUGUUUCAAAAGCCAAAGAGGAAUUAGCCAAAUCUAAGUCAAAAGAAAUCAUAAAAAGUCCUACUAUAGAAAAAUCUCCAAAGGUACAUGAGAUUAAAGUAUCAGAAAACGAUUUACACUGGGAGGAGUUAAAGAAAGGUUGUCUAAAUCGUGAAUUUCACUUAUGCGAUUUGGACUUUUCCGAUUUACGACACGAUACAGACGACGAAAUGGAAUGUCAACAGCUUCAACGAGUGUGUGCUUCUAACGGACCACCACCUCCUCCUCCUAGUAUGCUACCUCCCAUGAACCUGCCCCCACCGCCGCCAACUAACUUCCCUACUUUGCCAAAAAAUACAUCAAACCCUCCAACUGAGACAGACUCAGCUAAUUCCACUUUAAAGAAGAAUAAAAAGACUGUGAAACUGUUUUGGAGAGAGAUCCAGGAGGUACCUGUUCCGGCACCAGUAAAAACCAAAAUUGGUGGAUCUAUUUGGGACGAUCUUCCCCAAGUCGCCUUAGAUACAAACAUGUUGGAACAUCUUUUCGAAUCUAGGUCCAAUGAUCUCAUUAUAAAGGAAGUAAGUAUUUUCGACCCAUAUAUUACUUUAAAUUGCAUCAAUUUAAACCUUCUUUUUAUUGAAAUUAUUGAAUAA